GAAAAACAGCCUACAGUUCAUUAGGACGCAGUCGUUUGAAACCUUGACAACAUGCUGGGAAAGUUUGUGCUUUUGAUCGCCGCCAGUGCAGUGUUGAGUUCUGAGCUUAAAGUGGACGUCGAGGAUCUGCUAACUUUGUACGAGCGCAUCGACAGUGAGAUCAAAAACACUCAGCAUGAAGUCCAGAUUGAGCUUCGCGAUGUGAUCAUUCCCAUGGACACUCUUCUGGACGACGCUGCUAAAUACGUGAUGGGAAACUUGACUGUGGCAGCCGAGCCCUACUGGACAGCAAUUGCUUCUAUGGAAGCAGAAGCUGAAGCUGCAGGUGAAGAUAUUUCCGUUUGCGUCAACGCAGGCAACGAAGAAUUGUACGCAUUAAACGAAACAACAGUGAACGUUCCAUUGGAGAAAAUCGCUGCUUACAGAAGAGAGGGAAACGAGACGCUCUACCAAAGUUCCAUGUUGGGUGGACAGGCUGUCGAAGAGCUUCUGGAGCUGGAAGUCCAAGUAAAAGCUUGUUCUGAGCCAGCAUGUGCCGAAGAGCUUUAUAACGCUCUGAUUGAGUUCCAUGGCAGGGCCAAAGAAAUGCUGUAUGAAGCAGUUGACAAUGCAAACACAUACUUGAACGAAUUGCCCGAGAAACUCGCUCCUGUGAACAUCGAUGCCGAUGACUACAAGGAGAAAUUCACCGCAAUUUUAGAAGCCGCGGUGAUUUGUAAUAUUCUAUGAUAAAUAAAUAUGUAAUUGUUUAAAA